GUAACGCUGAAAACCCAGAUGCUUAGAAAUUAGGUGCAACUCUGCACUACUAAAUAUAUAGUUUAUCACUAUCUGUACGAUACUGAGAUUAUAAUACGUAUAAUAUUAAUCGUUGGAGCGGAAAUACACUGCUGUAAACUGAACUCGCACCGCACAAAAACACAUCGCGCACGUGCCCUGCGUAAUAGCAUUAUAAUAAGACGUAUAAUAACGACACGGCGUGUUAAGUCCCGCAGGAGUGCAGCUGUUGCAGUUGCACCUUGACGGCCGUCCGAGUUGUGGCAGUAGUGUGAGGUUAGCCGAUGUGGUAUUCGGCUUGCUGGGCGGCGGUAUGGUCCCGCCUGCGGGCACGUCGUCCAUGUUGCGGUCCCGGCGCCGCGACGCGACCCUCAAGCCGAACCGGACGCUGGACCGGAGCGCAUCCCGUGGAAUGUUGUACGAGAACGAAGAGCUCCGGUUGCGCACAAUCAACAUCAACGCCGAAGUCGAAAAAGGCCAGAAUUAUAUAAAAAAGUUACGUCGGGAAAACGAACAACUUAAGAGGGAGAUAUGGAACUUAAGAGAAGAAUAUGAACGAUUGGAAAAUUACGUAAAAAGCCGUGAACAAUCAGAAAAUGAAGAGGUGAUGAUAAAUCAAGACGACGACAACAAUGACAAUAACGAUGAUAACGAAAUACUGAUCUCGGGAGAACCAACGGAAGUGGCGACUGAAACGACGGCGGUUGCUUCGUUGGAGACUGUGGUCGAAGAAGACGACGAUAAUGGCGAUCAGCUGCAAAUUAACCUGGGACCCAGCGAGUUCAUAGCCGGUGAUGUCAAAAACGUUGAGCCACUGAAUUCAAACUCACCGGGUGUCGACAACCUACACGAGAUUAAUAUUAUCAACAACGAUCGCCGUCAUGUCACCGUCAGCGGUGCGUUGGCGGCCGACCACGAACGGGAUACCGUCACCAACACCGCCUGCACGAUGACGGCGACUGCGGAUGGCCAGGAGGGACGUGCCACUGCAGUGACGACCGACACACCUGCGACCGGCGGCGGGGUCGGGUGCGACAGCGACGACCCCGACCGCCACGACGACGGUGAUCGCGCCCGACAACCGCAACCGCAGCAAGAGGACCCGGUGCUGCGCGGCGGACAACCCUUGUCGCAACUGGACGCGGCGGUGCUGCAGCCGCAUACCGCGUGUUUUGACACCGGAAGUAACCGUCAACUGCACGAUCUGACGGUGGACGAAGUGAUCGACGCCAUACAGGACGCCGAGCUCAGGGACAAGUUGCGAACGGUUUGCUUGACGGACGACAGAUGUUACAUGACGUUCGCCAACGCCGAGUGCUUAGAACGGGCGCUGCACACGGCGCUCAGUGUCCGUGACAUACCAGUGCUGUUGAUGGACACGGGAGCGGGCGCCGUAAUCCUGUCGCUGACGGGCGUACCGGACACCGUGGCCGACAAAGACGUACUGAAAUGUCUGAAGAAAUACGGCACGAUCAUCGGAGGAGUGGAGAGGAAGACUGCUCGGUGUGGGACGGCCGGCGGAGAGCGUUACGUGCGCGUCCGACUGACACUCGGUGCGCCCAGGUACUUGUGGUUCGGGUCGGACAAAGUCAUCGUCAGGCARCUGACCGAGCACGAGACGGGCACGAUGAACAGCAUCGCCCGACGAAAGUCGUUCAGAUCUCAGAUCAAGUUGAACUUGAAAAUGGCCGACUCAUCGGCGUCAUCCGGCGACCACGGCGAAAACGGCGGAGGCGCCGACAGUGGCGGUGGUGGCGACGAGGCCUGUUGCGGAAGUGCCGACGGGGGCGGCGCAGUCAUCGGGUCCAGCACUGCAACCGCGAUGACCGCGGUAUCCGUUCAAAAUGGAUUCAAAUUUCCGACGUCGGAUCCAAAAACUACAGCUGUUGCUGGUCCACCUGUUACAGCAGAACCCAAGACUGCGGCGGUGGUGGCUGGGUCCACGAACUCCAAGUCUGCGGGGUCGCCAAAGAAAUCGAAACCAUUGCUGGUAAAUGAUAGGGACGGUGCAGGUCCACCGACGGCUGCGUCAGGCCCGUCGGAAUCGCCGCUCAGGGGCAGGCGGAGGACGUCUCUGAUGGGUUUUCGACGAGAAACUAUAAUCAAGCACCGCGGUGGGUCCAUGUCCCGAGCAGACGGUGGCGAGGAUGCGGAGAGUGACACSAGCACAAUUUGCCGCCGAAAGCUGAGCAUCACCGGUCACGAGGGUACGGAAAAAGUACCAUGGUGUGGGUGCUGGGGCAACGGAUGUCUGUAGUCUAUAAUUAUAAUACAGUCUCGAUAACUCGAUAACACGAAGAUUUUUCUUGCCUCUUGAAGUGUUUUUAAGUUGUGUUUGAGGUAUGUACAUAACUCGAAUAAUACAUAGGAGGCAGCCGAGGCAGGAUGAAUUUAUUUUUAUUUCCCUUGUGAUUCGAGUUAUUGUGAUUACUGUGUUACAGCAUAAUGGUAAAAUUAUGUCACACUUGUCGAUAUUUCCUCCAAAAAUAGUAUAGGUACUAAGGUACCUACUUUUUUAUAUUAAGUUAAUUUUUUUUUUUGCAUUUUAUCAU